AAUAAUUAUAAUUAAUUAUAAAAUGUAAAAUUAGAUGCAUUCAAAAUUAAACGAUAUAAUUAAAAAAAGUUGCCUAAUUAAAAUAUUACUUUAGAGAACAAAGAUGAGUGUUAGUAGUGCGUCCGAUGUUUUUGAAGCAAAUGGAGAUGAACAUGUUUUUAAAAUACCUGGAAAGGCAGUUAAAAGCCAACAGGAAAUGGUGUUAUGGGAAAAAUCAGAAGCCUAUCUGGAAUAUAAAGGAUUCAUUCUUUCAUUAAAUGAAGCAAUAAAGGGAAAAUCUCUUUCGUAUCCCACUGAAAUAUCAGUACCCAUUCAGAAUACUGUGGAAUUACUAAAUAAAUUAGACAAAAUGAUUGAUGAUACUCCACCAAUUAAUCAGCCUCAAAGAUUUGGCAACCAGGCAUUUCGACAAUGGUAUAGUGGAUUAAAAGAGGUGGCUUUAGAUUUAUUACAAGAUGUAAUACCUAUUCAGUUGCACAGUGCUGUACCUGAAGUUCGAGUAUAUUUAAUUGAAGCCUUUGGCAACGCAACCAGAAUUGAUUAUGGAACUGGGCAUGAAAUAUCUUUUGUUAUGUUUAUGUGUUGUUUGUUUAAAAUAGGAUUUCUUAAAGAAGAUGAUAAAAUUGCAGCUGUUACUAAAAUAUUCCAAAGAUAUUUGGAAAUAGUUCGCAAACUGCAAACAACAUAUAGAAUGGAACCAGCAGGUAGUCAUGGAGUUUGGAGUUUGGAUGAUUAUCAAUUUGUACCAUUUAUUUGGGGUAGUUCACAAUUAUUUGCACACCCUAUUAUUGAACCCCAUAAAUUUGUUGAAGAUGAAAUAAUUAAUACUUAUAGCAAAGACUAUAUGUUUAUUGGUUGUAUUGAUUAUAUAAGAAAAGUAAAAACUGGAAUGUUUGCUGAACACUCAAAUCAGCUCUGGAGUAUAAGUGGGGUUUCUUCCUGGUCAAAAAUAAACUCUGGUCUUAUUAAAAUGUAUCAGAAAGAUGUUUUAGGCAAAUUUCCAGUGGUGCAGCAUAUACUUUUUGGUUCAUUGUUAAGUUUUAAAACAGUUGAGAAUCCAAUGAAAUUGAGGUCUACACGAUUACAAUAUAAACCACCACCUAUUUUCACAACUCCUUCUUCAGUUUCUGCAGAAGAGACUAGAGAAAAAUGCCAUUGCCGUGAUGUAUUGAAGAAAGCUCCCUCAGCAACAUCAACCGAGAUAUCUACUAUGUCACCUUCAACAGCUAGCAAGAAGUCAGUUAGCACUACUUCAGUGUCUGUAGAAAGUGAGGCGUCUAUUGGAAGUUUGAGAGAUGUUUCUGAAGGAACUGGAGAAGGAGAUUAUACUAUUCCUGAACAAUCUAUUGGAGAAGAGCUAAGCGUUGGUGAAGAAGAAAUUUGCAGUGAAAAUUAUGCAGCAUAUUCAACAGAACAUACAGAUUCUAAGCAUCAGUCCAGUGAACAAUCUUCCAAAACAUCCACAUAAAAGCUUAGUUAAAAUGUUAUUGAUUUAGAGGUAAUUAUAUAUUCCGUACAUUGAAAAAGUUGCUUUAAUUAAAUUCAGUCUAAUCAUAAAUUAUUGUGUAUAAAAUUGUUUUAUUGCAAUAUAGUUAUUAAAUA